UCCUUGCCCUCCUGUGGAUGCUCUCCAGUAGUGGGUUUUUUUUUAAUCUAUUUCCCCUCCUCUCAUGCCAACAGGUCUAGUUUGUUGUGUAACAAAAAAGCAUGGCAUGUGCACCGGCCAUAAAGGAUAUUGGGUAUUCUGAAGUCCAACUCUUCAGGCUGUCGCAUGUCUCACAGGGAACUGUCAUCAAAAUUCUCCUUCAGCUGUGUGUGUGUAAGGGCUGCUAGUAUUCUUCUGAUGCUUGAUGUGUGUCUGAAGCACAGUCCUUCCCAAAUCCACCCCCACCUCCAAGCAUUUCAGGCUGCUUUUUCUUUGCCAAGAGGUGCCAGGAUUGUUUCAAUGAAGACAUCUGAAUAUCUCAGUAAGAAUUGAAGAAAGUCUUUCAGAUGCAAUUGGCUCUGGGUAACUCUUCAUUAGUCGUGUACUCUCUGCUAAAAGACAGCUUUGAAACUAGAGCAGGUUUCUCACGGCUUCUUCACUCAGGGCUGUUGAUGCGAUGUUCGCUGUUUCUAAGCAUCUUCUGCGUGAGAGUUUUGUUUGAGGAGAUCUUUGUUCACCCUCUGAUCCGUUUUGUCAUUGCAGAUUUUCUCUACAUCCCUGCCUCUUUCUUUUUAAGGAAGAUGCACAUAACAAAACUGAAGCAUUUUGAAGAGGGCUCACACUAGGCAGUCAGUCUAGAAAAGCAGAGAUGGAAUAAACUGUGGUUGAACUUUUACAGAGAGCUACGACAGAAUCUGUGACAGCGGUCUCGAAAUCCCAGAAAGAGUAGAGAAGGUGAAAGGGGAACUGAUAUGCACUGUUUCUUCCACUACCUGACCGAUAACAAACACCCUAAUGAGGAAGCAGCAAGCUUAAACAAACAAAGGAGAGUAGUGUUUCGUACCACACACCAAAAACCUCACCAGGAUCAACACCAGCAGGAUGUUGGGGUUUUUUUGCACACAAAACCUAUAAAUGAACUUUAAAAGGAUGGUUAAUGAGAGAGACAUAGUGACUGCUGGAAUUGGUAGAAUUAUGAAUAGGUAUUCGCUGAUUCCUCCAAAUGGGGGUACUUACUGUGCUCUUGCCAGUGUACAGGCUUGACACUCAACUCUGUACUUCAGCAUUAUUUUCUCCAGGGAGAUAUCUCUUUUUUUCCUUCACCUUUGCAAGAGGCUGAACUUACUGUUCUGCCAGUGGACUUCAACCUCUUGACUCAAGUAAGCUUGAAUCUGUUGCAAGGUGUUUGUGUGUUGCUUACAAUCCAGUGGCACAACCUUUACACUGUUAUGCACGUGCUGUUAGCCUUAAGGUUUUAUCUGUUUCUGCUUGCUUGUUUGUUUGUUUGCUUAAUCUCUUCUAUGUUGCUUUACUGCAUUAUGUUAUUAGUGUUAGAUUGUUAGUUAUUAGUGUUUCCUGUGCAGAUAGAUACAUGUUUGGCAGAAAUGUCAGCAGGGCUGAAAGACCACGUAGAAUUGACCAUACCUCAAAUUUGCCAGUUCCCUGGGUGUCAGAAUUCUUCUUGCUGUCUAGAGAGUGACGUAUGAAGAUUCACUUUACACUUAACAUUCCAGCUAGAGAGCUUUGGUAAAUCUGCAGACUUUUGUCCUUCACCUUUUCCCUUUCUGUGAAAUCUGCUUGAUGAGAUCAGGUUGGUGAGGCCCCUCUUUGAAGCACAAACUGUAGACAGCCACUCUUCUAGGUUUAUCUUGAAAGUUUUCAUGUGCUUUUGCACGUUCUUCCUAUCUGCUGUGAAACAGACCCUCAGUCAUUCACUCACUUAUCCACUUAGUAUUCCCUGUCUGUCCACUGUGUUAGUUGCUACAGCUUCAGCCCAGUUUCUCCGGAGUGUUUAAGCACUUCAAUCCCACUCAAAUCAACCAGAUCUGGAUGUCUAAGCAAGUCCUCAGGGUGGAACUCCUCAACAUUAGAUCAAGUCAGCCAUGGUGUUAUACAGGCAGACUGUCUACACCUCAGGGGUAAAAAGCACUGAAACAUCUUCCAAAUCUCAGUAGAAUUAUAGAAUUGCUUGAGUUGGAAGGGAUCCUUACAGGUCGUUUAGUCCAACCCCCCUGCUGAAUCUCUCCAACUGCCAUUUGCAGCCAUUACUUGACCUUAGGCCAUGAGUGCUAUCAAGAAAAGUUUGAGUCCACCAUAACUGUUGAUCCGUCUAAAGCAGUUGCAGGCUACUGCAGAGUGUGACAGAGAACAGGACUUCCAAGAUCGUGAUUUUAUGCUGUUGUUUUGUUUUGUUUUUCUCCUCAAAAGUCUUAGCACAGCACCUGCAGAAGCAGCUCAAAAGCUUUGUGCUCCCUUUCUUCUAUUAAUCAGAGGACAGAAGUGGAAUAUUCCCACUGUCUCAUACCACAGCUAGGUCUUCUUAACUUUGUUUGAAAGUAGCUAUUUUCAAGAAAUCUCAAAACAUUUUGGCCCAAACCUCCAAUUUUCUAACUCUAACGUGCCCCCUUGAUCAAGGACUGCCUUUUCUGAUGCAUCGUUUCUUUCACAAAGAAGUUUGUCCUGAGCCGCUCUCUUAUGAACUCCUAUGAUCCCUCGUAAACAAGGACAGCUUAUUCUGCUUUGUCGUGGCUGAUGUAAAAAAGCUUUGGUUAAUAUGUUGCUCAAACUUUGGUGACACCACGGCUAGGCUUGCGGGCUCCUGUUUACUGCUGCCAGCUUGGUAUGUGAACUCUGGACGCUUUUCCUAGCAAAAGCGGAGGGAGGAGGCAAAGCUGAAACAUUUUAUAGAGCUAAAGAUUACAGAUCAAGUUACAAAAUGAGAUACAACUGCUUUUUGCUUUCAUGUACUGUUUGGUAGAAAUGAGAAGUUCUCUUCUCCUGCCAGCAGCCCCAUGCACUUAAGUGGAAAGACCAGAUACACGCUGAGCUUGUUCGCUUCAUUGGUGAAAUACGUUUUCUUGACCUGACCCUUUGAGAAAUAGUUAUGUUUUCACUCAGUCAUGUAUCAGAACUGACCAAUGUGUUCUCAUUUGCUUGUCAGUACCUCUUACGCAAUGAAAAGUUAAUGAACUAUCUUCAGGAUUACAAAUUUGAUGCCGUCAUGAUGAAUCCCCUGUUUCCCUGUGGACCAGUCGUUGCUAAAUUUCUCUAUUCAGUUUAUUUCAUGUGUGGUCUUCAGUGUAGCUUAGACUACAAAGCCACCCUUCAUCCCAGUCCUUCCAUGCUCAGGACUUACAGAUGUACUUAGCCUUCUGCACUAGAAUCACCUCAAGGAUUUCUGCCAGGAAAAGCUUCAAUGAAGAUGUCUAAACUGCACAGUUGUGUCGGGAUAGCUUAGCUUGGCCUAACCACGUCACCAAAAAAUUACACACUCGUGGCACACAUGCUGUAUUUAGAUAAAUGACAGAGUAGUUGUAUGUCAGAAGAUUAAAUACCCACAAUAGUUGUGGAAUACUGAUUAGUUGCAGGAGACCUGGAUGGACAAAGGAUGCAAAGGACAGAAACUAUCUCCGUGUAUAAAGCCCAACGCUCAUGGUGUGCCGCAGAGAAUGAUUUUGUGGAUGAGUACCCCAGCACUCGGUAGUGUAUGCAAUCAAACACAAUAAAGAGAGCUGCUUUGACUCUGAAUUUCUGUAAGAAGCAGUGUAGGAUGGCACAUGAGAGGAUGAUUUGGAAAAGAUGACUUUACGUUUCUAGCUAUCUACUCUUCCUCCGUGACUUAUUCAAAUCUCCCUAGUGAGCCUUGAGAUAGUAAACUUUGUAAAAAGUGCAGAUGUGGUCAUUUAUUCACUGUUUCACACCACUGUGGUGUUGCAACAGCAGAAGUUAUUGCUAUAUUUGCAUUGCAUUUUCUACUGUAGACCAAAGGCUUUCACUUUGAUAACUGCUGCCGUAUAGAAACAAAUCUGAAGAUAAGCCUUAUCAACCUGCUGCCUAUCAAUCUUUACUUUUUGCUUAUAGUGGUACAAAAUUAUGCAAAGCUCAGAUUUCUGUGACAAGUGUUGUACCAACAAGCUGAACAGAUGUGAAGGCAGGGAGCUCAGCAUUCACAUGAUGUUAACCGCAGGGCACUGACAGUGGCUGCUGGCUCAGGCACUGCCUCCAUUCAUGGCUUUGUUCAGUGUUUCACGUAAGCACAUUGCCCACUGCUGUCCCUCGAGCGCUUGAAUGCUUCAAUGUUGACACCAACGCUCAACUAUAUCUCAUUUGUCCAAAGCCUUCUCUGUGUGUGCAAAUCAUAAAUUCAACCUUCACUUAAAGUUAAAAAUUACCCAUAUUUCUGCUUACGGACCAUUAGGAAUUAACCAUUUACCUUAGCAAAGAUGGAAGAGCAAAGUACAAGUCAUUCUUUCUUGCUUUCGGGAUCUCUGCAUCCACAUAAAGUCUUGCGGACAUUCUACAGAAGGGAAAUGGCCUCUUUGCAUCCAGGAUUUCGUUUUCUUGCCUCCUGGGCUGUGAUUUUCCUACUCCUGAGGACCUCUUCUGAAGGUGGGAAGCUUUUGGUUAUCCCUAUUGAUGGCAGUCACUGGCUCAGCAUGCGCCAGGUUGUGGAGCGGCUCCGACACAGAGGACACGAAAUUGUGGUCAUUGCUCCAGAGAUAAGUUUGCGAAUAGGUGCGUCGAUGCAUUAUACCAUGAAAACAUACCCCGUGUCCUACACCAGGGAGUUGGUGGAGGCAGAAUUUAAAAAGCUUGGCUAUAAGAGUUUCCUACCUCAACCUUUCUUGGAAAAAUUCUCAAAGAUAGCAAAUAUUACAGCAGUGUUUCAUGAUUCCUGCAAGAGGCUUCUUUCCAAGAAAGAGCUGAUGAAAUACCUUGAAGAAAGCAUGUUUGACGGUGUCUUUAUGGAUCCUUUUUUUCCCUGUGGACAGAUAGUGGCUGAACAUCUCUCCAUACCUUCUGUGUACCUCGUACGGGGACUGCCGUGCAGCCUGGACUUCCAUGCUACCCUCUGCCCAAAUCCUCCCUCUUACAUUCCCAGGUUCUUCACACAGUACACGGAUCGCAUGGGGUUCUUCCAGCGCCUCGGCAAUCUCCUAGUUAGCCUGAGCAGUACCCUAACCUGUACAUUUCUUUAUUCACCGUACGAUCACUUGAUCAAAGAGUUCCUGCAGCAGGAGGCAACACUGCUUGAACUUUUAAGCCAUGCAUCUAUUUGGCUUAUGAAGUAUGACUUUGUGUUUGAGUAUCCCAGGCCUGUAAUGCCUAACAUGGUCUUGAUCGGAGGCAUAACCUGUACUCGGGAAAAACUGCUAUCAAAGGUUAGUUACCUUUUUAUUUUCCCCCUUACUUUCCUAUGGCUGCAUUGUUAGCUUCUACCACUUUCCUAGGCAAUGACCGUGUGAUAACAGAACGGGGCCAUGCUCUAGAACAUGCUGCCCAGCGUAACAGAGGAUGCACAAUCCCUGCAGUUCUUGAAGGCCACUCUGAAUAGUGCUCUGGAAAAUCUGAUCUGGAGAGUGGAAACCCUGUGUGUGACCAGGGGUUGGAACAGGGUGGGCUUUAAAGUCCCUUCCAACACAACCAUUCAAUAUUUUCAUAUUACUGUUAGACUGCGGUAACGCCUUCAAUCAGAUGAGGGGAGAGGAGGGAAAGGUAAGUCCUCUCUCUCUGUGGUGCUGCACUGGAAGUACCUCAUUGUGUGGAUGAUGAUGUGUCCUGAAGAUGAAGCUGGGAUGGUGCUUCAGUCAUCAUCAGCCUCCUCAUUCCAGACAGACUCUUGAACUUCUCUUUCACAUCCAGUGUUGGCCUAUAGGCCUUCUAGAGAUGAAUGUUCAGAGAAGAGGCCAUGUCCAGAGAAGAGAGAGCAGCUGCUGCUAGGCGCAGUGGUGAUGUGGGCAUGACAGAUCUCCUGUGGAUGCA